AUGACAGUCAAACAUUCCCUCCAGCGGUUGAGAUCUCCCUCCCGGGACCUCUCACUGACGCUCCAUAUUCUCGGACUGGCUUCAUUCUACCAGUCCUUUCGCUACCUCUACAUCUUCCCCACGCCAAUCAGCUCGGCGUACGGCGGUAGCGGCCAAUUCCUUACAAUCAUCGGCCUUGGCUUGUCGAUGAUAGCCUUUGGGUUGGGACUUCUGGCCGACGUAACCCUGAGCCCGACAUUGUUCAAGGCCAAGAACUUUGUCGCAGUAUGCGCGAACCCGCUCGAGGUCUUGAUCAGCAUCUUGUACUGGGGGAUUGCAAUUUAUGACAAGGAAUUGUUGAUGCCAUCCGAAUAUAGUCUGCCCUGGGCUGUUGAUAUUGGCUACCACGCCGCUCCAGCAAUCUUCUUGACCAUCGACCUGCUGUUCUUCAGCCCUCCUUGGACCGUCAAAGCCAAUGGAGCUGUUGGCCUCAGCAUGGUGUUGGCAUUCUUGUACUGGGGCUGGAUAGAGCACUGCGCCGGCCACAAUGGAUGGUACCCGUAUCCAAUUCUGGGCAUUUUGACCACCACGCAGAGGGCCUUUUUCUUUGCAUUCUGCGCCGGUCUCGAGGCAAGCAGCACGAUGGCCCUGAAAUGGCUCUAUGGCAAGGUCAAUGGGAUCGAAGAGUUCAAGAGGGAGGCUAUUAAGCCUGCAAAGAUGUAG